ACGCAAACAAGCAGCGAAGCGGUGGUGGGUGUUGCUCUGUGCGGGGCCGCCGUCCCGGAGCCAGCGGGGGAGGGGCGCCUAUGAGGUACAAGAGGACUAAAGUUUCACUAGAGCCAUAACUAGAAUGGACAGUUACUUUAAAGCAGCAGUCUGUGACUUGGACAAAGUACUUGAUGAAUUUGAGCAAAAUACAGAUGAACUUGACUGCUACAGAACAGCUGCAAACCAGUGUGAUUCAAUACAGCAUUCAGUCUCUUCAGAAUUGGAUUACUUACAACCUGUAUUCCUGGUACCAAAAGUGCAAGAAUAUGUUAGCAGUUGUAGUAUGUCAGAAGAAUUCUCUCUAGCCAGUCAGGCUACAACAAAUACAGCAAAGUUUGAACUGAAUUCCUCAGCACAAAAUGAGAAAAAUGUUACUGGACUCGAUCUUCUGUCUACUGUGGAUGGAGGUGCCUCAAAUGAAAUUCAGCCUUUGAGCCUGGGGAGGUGUAGUAUACCUAUAUGUGAUCUCAUCAGUGACACAGGUAAUUUGAUCCAUUCAACGAGUAAUCAUGAAGAUAUUCAGAAGCUGCAGCCAGAUGACUUCCAAUGCAAUGAGAACUCUUUGGUUGGGUUUGAUUUAUCUUUAGUACCAGCUACAGUUUGUAGUUUGUCAGUAGCUUUCGGUGGUGUUUCAGGCACAGAACAACAAAAUGGUGGGGACACAACACUACAAGAUGAAGGACAUGUUGCAACAAAAGAGUUGAGCCAGUUGGAUUUUAAAACACACAAUCGUGGUAAAGCAAAGCUCUCAGAUUCAUGUGAUAGUCAAAUUAGGACAGAAACUUUAAAGGAUAAUCAGGUAUUUGAUCAGCUGGAACAAAUUACAGGCCUUUACUCUACAUCUGCCUUUGUAACAUCACAGACCCCAAAUGCACUCAGUUCCAAAGAUGACACAACCCUUGAAAAGCUGCCUUGUGAAUCAUUAAAAGAUGCAAGUCUGUGCUGUGUGAUAAGUCAAGAGUCACCUGAAGAGAGUGUUAAUGAAAAUGUAGAUUCAAAAGAUGAAGGUAAUGGGGAAUCCUUGCCUUCUGAUCUGCCAAAGAGUUCUGAACUACACAAAAGCAGUUUAAAAUUAUCUGGAAAAUGUGUUUUACCAGACUCUUCUUCUCAAAUAGAGGAUAGGGUAGUAUUAGAUAAGAUGAAAAGUGCAGAAGACAACUUGUGCAGUCCAGAACUUAAUACCAAUGAAAUAUUGCACAGUGUUUCAACUUCACAUGUAACCGAUGAAGAUAUCCAAACCUCAUUGUCAUGUCUUCCACUUGCUGUAUCCAUAUGUGGUUCAUUAGUUGUAACAGAAGACAAAAGUGGCCAUAUACCUCACAAUGAAAAAGCAGAUGUCAUCAGUGAUACUGUGACUAUGCAUGCAGGAAAAUCUAAGCAUGGAUUCUCCAAUAUGGAAUCCUCUGGAAAGAUGGAACCUUCUGAACAGGAAGGAUAUCUAAACCAAAUCAACCAAUGCUUUGUAGAAGAAGCUAUAACUAUAGCCGGAAAGAAGCGGGAAUCUGACAACAAAAUUAAUAAAGGUGAUUCUCCCCAAAUCCACGUUGCUGCUGCUGCUGGCCCUGUUGGAGAAUCUAAAAUUGAACUGUGCAGUGAUGGUAUUCAGCCAGUUGACAGUCAUGAUCAAAGUAUUACUUGUCCAGUUUUAGCUGACUUAACUAUUGAGGAAGACUUAAUUAAAAGUGAUUCACUGAUUAGUGAUGCUGAGCUUGAUGCCUUCUUAUCUGGACAGUGUCUUCAAUCCAAUAAUUCAAAGCCCUUUGAAGAAGGUAUGGAUGAUCUGCUGGAGUCUGAUGCAAAUCAAGCAAACCUGGAUUUCAAAAAGGUCAAUGAUUCACAAACAAAAGCAAAACUGGAGGAGAUUGGAGAGAUUUUCAGUAUUAAAAGUACUUGUAGAAUAGCUGAUAUUGAAUAUAAAUUGGAGUCUCCCCCAGAAAAAAGUACAUAUCCUAUUCAACAAGAAGCCUCUAACCAUAUAACUGAGACUCCUAUUGAAGUACCUGUCCCUACUCUUAGCCAUCAGAACGUACAUAUUGGAGGUGCUAGACCUAAACAGUUGCUUAAUCUUCCUCAAAGAACUGCAAUUGAGAGAGAGCUCAGCAAGCCAAAUAUGCCUACGACUGAAUUCCGGGAAGUGAAUUCCAUACCCCCAAAAGCCCCUCUCUCAGAAACCAAAACUAGUACUGACAUAAGCUCCAAAUGUAAUCAGUCUGAUAUAGAAAACUCCUUGGAAGCAGGCGGAAGUUGUGUGCCUCCAAGCAUAGAACCUGUUAAAACACCUCUAGUUCUGGGACUAAAACAGCCACCCUGGGUCCCCGAUUCAGAGGCACCCAACUGCAUGAACUGCCAAGUCAAGUUCACAUUUACAAAAAGAAGACACCACUGUCGUGCAUGUGGGAAAGUGUUCUGUGGUGUCUGUUGCAAUCGGAAGUGUAAGCUGCAGUACACUGAAAAGGAAGCAAGAGUCUGUAUUGGCUGUUACAAAUCUAUUAAUAAAGCACAGGCAUUUGAAAGGAUGAUGAGUCCAACUGGUCCUAUCCCUAAUUCCAGUAUCUCCUCUGAAUGUUGUUCUACUGUUCCACCUUUGCAGGAAGCUCAGACAGUUGGCACACCUAAUUCUCCUUCAUCUUCUGUUUUGUUACCUAUCUCUGUACUUAAACAACCAGGUGCUGAUGGGCUGUGUGCCAGAGAACAGAGGAGAGUCUGGUUUGCAGAUGGUAUUUUGCCUAAUGGUGAAGUUGCAGACACAACAAAACUAUCUUCUGGAGUCAAGAGGUCUUCGCAAGAGCUGAGUCCAGUAAGCCCUGACUUACCAGAGGUUGCAAGUCCGGUAGAUGACAUCUGUGUAACUGAUGUAAAACCAAAGGAUGAAACUCCAAUUACUGCAGGAACUGAGAAAUUCCAUUGUUCCUUACAUGUUGCUCCAGAUGAUGACCAGUUGCCCAGUACAGGGAAAACUGAGAUGUUGCAUAGUCCUGACUCUGUAAUUCCAGCUACUGAUGAAUUACCUUUUAUUACAAAUGUUGAGAAGUCUCCUAGUCUUGGCACAGUUAACCAAACUAAUGAUGAUUCACCUGUUAGUCCUUCAGACUACAGAAUGCUAUGUGGUAUUGGAAACUGUGUUAGCAAAGAGUUCAGCCUUAUUCCUGAUGAUGAUGGACUGCCACCACUCUUACUUGCAACUGGAGAAAAAGGAAAAGAUCCUCUGGUGGAAGAACACCCAUCUCAUCAGCAGGUCACCUUGCUUCUUGCAGAAGGAGGACCUAAUCCAUUAACAUUUAUCCUAAAUGCAAACCUCCUUGUGAAUGUCAAGUUAGUAUCUUAUUCUUCAGAAAAGUGCUGGUACUUCUCAACAAAUGGAUUACAUAGCUUGGGUCAGGCAGAAAUUAUCAUUAUGUUGGUAUGUUUGCCAAAUGAAGAUGCUGUUCCUAAAGAAAUCUUCACGUUGUUUGUUGACAUAUAUAAGGAUGCAGUGAAAGGAAAAUACAUAGGAAACUUGGAAAAUUUUACCUUCACUGAAAGCUUUCUUGGUAGCAAGGAUCAUGGAGGAUUCCUGUUUGUUGCACCAACUUUUCAGAAACUUGAUAAUCUCGUGUUACCAAAUAAUCCUUUCCUUUGUGGCAUUCUCAUUCAGAAACUGGAAAUACCGUGGGCAAAGGUUUUUCCAAUUCGCUUAAUGUUGAGAUUGGGAGCAGAAUACGGGGCAUACCCAACUCCUGUAACAAGUAUCAGACACCGAAAGCCUCUCUUUGGGGAGAUAGGACAUACAAUCAUGAACUUACUUGUUGACCUUAGAAAUUAUCAAUAUACCUUGCAUACCAUAGAUAAUUUAUUUAUCCAUAUGGAAAUGGGUAAAAGCUGCAUUAAAAUCCCUCUGAGGAGAUACGAUGAAGUAAUGAAAGUAAUACAUUCUUCUAAUGAGCAUGUUAUUAGCAUUGGAGCCAGUUUUAGCACUGAAGCAGAUUCUCACUUAGUUUGUGUACAGUGUGAUGGAGUCUAUCAGACACAAGCAAACAGUGCUACUGGCCACCCUAGGAGAGUUACAGGUGCAAGUUUUGUAGUAUUCAAUGGAGCCCUAAAAACAACUUCAGGAUUUCUUGCUAAAUCAAGUAUAGUUGAAGAUGGACUAAUGGUACAAAUAACUCCAGAGACGAUGGAAGGUCUACGUCAAGCUUUAAGGGACAAAAAGGACUUUAAAAUUACAUGUGGCAAAAUGGAUGCAGAAGAAAUAAAAGAAUAUGUAGAUAUUUGCUGGGUAGAGAGUGACGAAAAAGUAAACCAAGGAGUUAUAAGCCCAGUAGAUGGAAAGUCAAUGGAAGGAAUUCAAAGUGAAAGAAUACUACAGGGAAAUUUUGAAACUGAGGAAAAACUUAUGAAGUGUACCGAAGUGUUCUAUAUCCUAAAGGACCAUGAGCUAUCCAGUGCAACACCCUAUCAGUUUGCAAAAGAGAUUGCUGUAGCUUGCAGUGCUGCUCUUUGCCCGCAUCUCAAAACGCUGAAAAAUAAUGGGAUGAAUAAGCUAGGUCUCAGAGUCUCCAUUGAUACCGAUAUGGUUGAGUAUCAGUUAGGAUCUGGAGGCCAACUUCUUCCACAGCAUUAUCUAAAUGACCUGGACAGUGCUCUGAUUCCUGUGAUCCAUGGUGGGACAUCAGACCCCACAAGUUUACCAUUGGAAAUGGAAUUAAUAUUUUUUCUUACAGAAUACCUCUUUUAAUAUAAAUGACAGCAUAUAUUAUACUAUGUAUAAUCUGAUUUGCUAGAACUAACCCAACACCAAAGCUGUAAUGCUACCAACACUAAAAAAAUGUUGAGAUUUAUUUUAAAAAAAAUUGUUUAGUAAUAGAUUUUUAAACUGGGUUUUGUUUCUAAAAAAAUGAACCAACUCUCCUCCAUCUCCAGCAUAAAAGAAGAAUUGUUGAGUUUAAGAUUUCCUAAGGUUCCGAAACUUUACACUUAAUACAGUCACUGAAAAAAGGCAAGGGACUCAUUACCUCUAAGCAAACUGUAGCAUUUACUAUGUGCAUUGUAAGGUUAAGCCAUAUACCUCUUAAACCCAAGCAAAUAUUUUAGUAACCGUCUUUAUGAUUAGAUGUAACCUAAAUCUGGGACACUCCAUGUGGAUGUGCAAAUGGGCUAUAUUUACAUUUUUAAAAAAUCUUAUAAAGUAUAUUUAAUUGGUACAGAACUGUUGCUUGCUAUCGAGAUCCAAAUAUAAAAUCUCUGAGGGUUGGCUGCAAACAACAGAUACGGUGUACUAAUAAUAUAUGGAAUUUGCCUGCACAAUCGGAUAUUGCUUGUGUGGGAAGAAUAGAGAACAAAACUUUGCCAGGUAUGUUGUGGGUUUUGGGGAUUUUUUUAAGAUUUCAUAAUUGGACUUGUCCUGACUUAAAAAUCAAGACAUUUGACAUGUUUGUUGGUGCUUUUGGAACUUGUGCUUUUAAACUGAGUCUCUUUAUAGUGUAGCUGAUUUCCUUAUGUAUUUAUAAUGACUUAUCUAACUUUGUUGGGUAUCAUUUUUGUAUUACACUAAUUGUUUUCCCUCCCUGUGAUUAAAUAUACCUUUGUAAUUUGAGACUUCCAAGAGUGAUUAAGAACAGGCCAGAUGACCCUUAAAGUAGUAAUCAUGUAGCAAUAAGUCAGGCAUGAAACCUGUAAUAUCUUUUCUGCUCCCAUCUCUAACUUCUGAGACCUCUUGGUAGCCCUGUUUAUUUUUCAGGGAGAAAAUGUAUUAAGUGUGAAUUUUCAUGAUCAGAUUGCUUUGGCAUAUUUGAGGUUCUUUGUAUAGUACAUAUUUUUGAUACUGGGGUAUUAGCAAUUAAGAACUAAGAUGAUGCUUGUAAUUUGUGCCUGAGUACUGAGGUUCAGUGAACACCAAUCAGGUAUGAUAACUAUUGCAUAACGUACCUGUUCACUUUGAAGAGAAUCAGAACACGCUAUGUCCAAGACCAAAUCAUUUGAGUAAAAUGUUGUUAGAGUUUUAGACUGACAGAUCAUUAAAAAUUUAAACAUCUAGAUGCCUUCUUGAUUCUCAUAGGAGAUAUUUAUAUGGUUUUUGUAUCAAAAACGCAACUAGUAACUUAAAAAAAUAAUAAAAUAAAAAUGUCACCAGCCCUAUUACCCACAGCUUGAAGACCCAUAUUAAUGGAAAGGUUCAGGAUUUAAGGUCUUAGGCUAGAAGAAACUAGGUAUUUCAUUAUAGUAAUGCACACACUUUUUGUUCAGAGAUAAAUUGCAGUUCUCUGGACCAGCCAAAGACAUUAACAUAGGCAGCGUGAACAAGAUGAAUGUCCAGCCUUCUGAAAGUAGUUAACAAGAGGACAGCAGGGACAAGCAGUGUUUGAAACAUGAACAAUAGUCAACUGACCAUUGUCAUGUCCUUUGUCAAUGUUAAGUACAGUUAUAGCAGAUGAAAGCAAUUUGCAGACUAAUUUUGUCUUUUUUGUUGCCAUAUUGGUUAUUGGAAAUUAGACUCGUCUUAAACUCUUGCCAUUUAAUGUUUCAAUUUCAUUUAAUAAUUAUCACUAACAAAUAAAACUGACUUAAGUGCUUACCAGAUGAGAUAAAAUAACAUUGUUCUUCUGUUAAAAACAAAAAACAUAUAUUUGACAAACAUUUCCUAUAUUUUCUCAGUUUUUUCUGUCUUCAAAGUUUCUCUUUGCUUAGUUCUGCUAUUGCACUUGGAGCGUAGACUGCUCUUAACAAAGGAAUUGCUGUGUUUAUUUCCAAAUACAGCUGUAGACAAUAGCCUGUAACUUACCAACA